AUGCAAAGGGCAGUAGUUGCUCCAAUCAAAUCAUCUCAAGUGGACGAUAUCGACAUAGAGUUCCAAGAUUCCAUAUACAAUGCUACAUAUUACCUGCAUAACCAGGAAAUACACUCAAUUUGGAUAAGAGGAAGAAUAACAGACGUAAAUACAGUACACCAAUUCUUUGAUAUCGAUGACGGCUUCGGAAGAGUGUUAAGAAUACAGUACUGUAAGGAAUAUGUGGACAUACAAUCAAAUGACCCUGAAAUUAUAAAGAAUUGCAAAAGUUGCGAAGACGGAAAUAGAUUACUGGCCGAUAAAAGUAAGCGCAGGAGGAUUAAAGUGUUAUUAGGUGAAAGAGUGGCUAGUGCAAUCGUGGAAUCGGAGAUGUCGUUUGAACCGCUAAAUCAAUCAACGUCAUACGACGACACAGUGAUGAAAAGCUUCAACGUGUCGGUGGCAUUCAAGGACAGGUUCUCAGCAACGAACGGAAUGGAUUGGGAUAAGACGGGAGAGUACAUGAUUAACUCGUCGUACGACAAGACAGUGUACAUCUACUCAGUGUCAAAAUCAAGUGUGACUAAUUCCCUUCAAAGUAAAAAGCACGGAGUCGAACUGGUUAAAUUUACGAACGACUCACCAAGACACAUAAUAUGCUCCUCAGAAAGUGGAUCGCCAAACGUGGCAGUGAGACUGUGGGACAUCGUGGAGAAUCGCUACAUUAAAAGCUUUUCACUCGACACACCACUGAUGAGAGGUGUUGGCAUACUGUCGCAUCCGAACAGGAAUUUGAUGUUAACGAACGCAGUGGAUGGUACAGUAUCAGUGUACUCAAUAGAUAGCACAACGCCACUGAUGACGUUUCAAUCACAAGGGGCGUCAGUCGGAGCAUUUGACUUUGACGGGCUGGUAGUUGGAAGGUACGCAGGAACGAGCUCAAAAGUACUAUCACUAUACGACUUGAAUAAACUCCAGUCGCCGUUUAAAACGUUCGAACUCACACACGUGUUGAAGAAGACGGAGGACGUGAACAGCAUCACGUUCAGCCCGAACGGAAGAUACAUAAUACUCGGGACGAAUUACUGCAGACUCAUAUGCAUCAACUCAGUUAACGGGUCGGCAAUAUUCGCCUGCUGCUACGGAGAGAUACCGGCGUCGAAGUCGAAGGAGUCGGAACUGUGCUUCCCAGCAAUAUCGCCAGACGGAAAGUACCUGCUCUCAGGUAAGUCGAGGGGAUUGGUGACAGAUGUGCGCAGGUUGCCUGGAUAA